GAAGCAAAGGACAGGAUUAGAAAGAGCGUGGCAGAGCUGCUGAAGGAAGAAAAAGUACCCAUUGCGCCGGAUAACGUGUUGAAAUGGCGUAUGCAUCGCAUUUUCAAGAACAUGAAGAGGACGACUGCAGCUCGACAGGCAAGAGCAGCCUACGAAUCCAAAGCUAUAGCUGCAGGACAUGGAUCAGAGCUUGAAUCGCACAUGUGGCGCUUUCGGCGCCUCGUCCGCGACGAAAUGUACGCGCUAGCGUCUACCUACCCGUCCCUAACCUGGAAGGAGCUCCCCACGAAGCAAAUACACACCAUCAAAGAGCGCGUCAAUGCGCAAUUGCGCGAAGAAGGCAUCCCGGAGGUCGGCGAGGACUUGAUGUUCUAUCAGAUGGAGAUAUCGCUCAUGGCGUACAAGAUCAGGACGAAUAGGGAGGAGAAGGAGGAGGCAGAGUAGGAGAUUAAGAGGUUGAUGAGAAGACAGAAGAAGAUCAGAGAAGAUAGUAGAGGCUGAAGCAAUUCAUACCCUCCGGAGGAGACAGCCGAGCCUGUGAAGGCCUCCAGCAUA